AUGGCUGCGCCCUUGAUCAGAAAGCCGGGAAACUAUUUUCUUGGAGCUUUCAAGCGAUUCAGAGCAAAACACAAAUUGACAUUUUGUAAUUAUAGCAAUUUACGACAAUCCAUAAAUGAGAUACUCAAUACGUCAGAAGAACAGAAUGAAAUUAAAGGAAUAUCGGUUAAGGGGUGGAUUCUUGCUGUACAGAAACACAGAAGUGUUACCUUUAUGCACUUAACAGAUGGAUCAACAUCUAAGCAUCUUCAAGUUGUAAUAGAUGGUGACAUUUCGGAAAAGGUAACUUGCCAUGGUGGAAGUGUCAACGUAUCUGGAAACUUAAUUAGGAGUCCAGGCAGUUUACAGAAAUGGGAAUUGCUAGCCAAGAAAGUUGAAGUCAUCGGCACAAGUGAUAAUAGUUUUCCAAUCGGUCCAGCAAAAGCUAAACAACCUCUGGACACAACGCGGGAAUAUUUGCAUCUGCGACCAAGGUCAAAGGUCAACAGUUCUAUAUUUAGAGUAAGAAAUGCAGCAACCAUGGCCAUUCACAAAUUCUUUCAGGUGAACAAUUUCCUUUACGUCCACACACCGAUGCUAACAUCCAAUGACUGUGAAGGAGCUGGGGAAGUCUUCUCUGUGAAGCCUCAUGAUGAAGAUCUGGUGGAUGAAAUUGUAGAUAAGGAGAUACAAGAAAUGGCUGCUUCUGGAAAAAAGAAUAAGGACUUCUUCAAAUGUCCUGUGUUUUUAACAGUGUCAGGCCAACUGCAUCUGGAAUCAUUCCUCGGGACUUUUGGCAAGGUCUACAACUUUGGCCCAGCAUUUCGUGCAGAGAGUCAGUCCAGUGGAAGAUAUCACCUGUCAGAGUUUUACAUGGUUGAGGGAGAGGUCGCCUUUCUCAAUGACCUUGAAGGUUUACUUACGGUGAUGGAAGAUCUGGUGAAAUUUUCGACAAAGGAGAUCUAUGAAAAUUCAGAAGAGGAAGUUAAUUUCAUAGCUAAUUAUAUAGAUGAUAGACAACACACUAAUAAUAUAACUGCAAUGAUGGAGAAAGAAUUUGUGAGAAUGUCGUACACUGAUGCUGUCAAAAUCCUGGAAAAGAAGAAGAAAAAGUUUGAUGUAGAAGUAAAGUGGGGAGAUGACCUGAAGAAGGAACAUGAGAGGUAUUUAGUGAAACAUUGUGGCACUGUUCCCGUCUUUCUGACAGACUUUCCUGCUUCAAUUAAACCAUUUUAUGCCCUUGAAAACACAGAUAACAGAACGGCUGCAGCUGUGGACCUACUAGUACCAGAAGUAGGUGAACUGUUUGGUGGUACACUCAGGGAACAUCGAUUUGACCAUUUGGAGCGCAAGCUGAAGGCUGUUGGUCAGGAUGAGCAACUUGGAUGGUAUCUUGACCUGAGGAAAUAUGGAACUGUUCCCCAUGGUGGAUUUGGUAUGGGAUUCGAGCGAUAUCUGCAGUUUAUAACUGGUGUUAGGAAUAUACGAGACACAAUACCAUUUCCUAGGACUCCACUGCAUUGUAAAAUGUGACUGUAUCAACUGUAUUUAAUGAAUGAUGGGAUUCUAUUUUCAACAUUAGUGAUGUGACAUGGAAAACAAAAAUAAAAAUGAGAAAGUAAAUGAUUAUUUUGCAUCUUUUUACAGAA